ACACAGCAACGAAAUGCACAUGAUUCCUAAAUUCAGUUGUGUUCGUUUUGAGGCAGAUCGCAUUCCCGCCACCUGGGUGUGUCCGCUCCGCUCUUCUCACUCACACACACACACGGCCUGAGGAGCGGCGCAGACACACACACAGGCUCUCUAGUUUGCACCUUCCCAAAACACGUGAAUACUUUUCGAAGGAUAUACGAAAUCUACAAGACUAACUACUACUACGAUGGCGGAACAGCUACAGAAGGUACUGGUGGACAAGAAGGACAUGGUGGAGUCUGUAAUGGAGGUGCUGGAGAAAGGCGCUGAAGCAGUGGCCAGUAUUGCUGGGGAUCUCUUCCCCGUGUUUUCUAUUGCCGCACCCCUUGUUCAGCUGGCUCUGGACAAUGUGGAAAGCAAAGAGGCAGAGUACAUGACGGAGCAGUUCCAGAAGGUGCGCGACCGCUUGGAUGUCAUCUCUGAGGAGGUGGAGCGCAUCACCCAGGAGAUCAAAAAGAGCGGUGUUGACGCGGCCUACUUCCAGGUGGAAGAGAACAUCACGAAUCAGUUCCGCAAGUACAUGGACAUCCUCAAAGCCAAGCCCAAGUUCAAGGAUGCGAAGAAAAAGCAAUUCCUGGAGCACUUUGACAAGACUGGAGGAGACAAGAACUUGCACACGCUGUACUCGGCUGUAACGGGAGACAACUUCUCGGGUGAGUCGGUGCUGGAGAUCACGCUAAACUACGAGGAGAAGAGCCGGAGGGUUAUGGAGGACUUCUGUGCCCGGCUGAAAAACCUGUUCUGUGUGGGAAUCAUCGCUCUGUUGGGUUAUGCUGCUCUCAAGGGGUAUGGUGAAGAGGAGAAGUUUUUGCAGGACUGGCGUGAGAAGGUUGAAGCAGUCCAGUUGAAGAUGAACGCGGUCAUUGAGGACUGCAUCAACAGCUUCCCAGAACAGGCCCAAAGUGACACCCGCAGACUGGUAAGGGACCAGGCGGGAGCCAUGACCAACCAACAGCUGGCAGAUGCCAUCAUAGAAGCUUUGAAGCGGAAGUAUGACUGGGUGCAGUGGUCCGUCCGAAUUUAUGGCACCCCCACAGGCUUUUUCGCAGACAAAAAGGGCUUCCAUUGCUCAGUGGGCAAGAGUCGGUUCCAAGUGGCAGGACCAGAUGAGAAGCUCAACGUGAUGGUGUCCUACAGCGCCUCACCCGAGCCUUUGGAUAAGGCCCAGGUGGAGCAGUUGGUCCUGGAGCAGAAGAAGGUGACCGUGGUCGCCACAGCAGAGCUGCUCUUUGAGCGGCUGCCAGCCUGCGUUGUCCACACGGUCAAGACAUCCAAAGAUCUGGCCUGCUCCUGGAGCUUCUCGGAUGAGCUGCACUUGUGGAUGGCCUUCAAGAAUAUCUACGUGUGUGUUCAUUCUGCCUGAGAGGCUUGUUUGUGUUUCGUCUCGGCGUCAGAUUUUCUUUCAGUACUUAGUGAUACGGGAGGAGAAUCGCUGAAAGUUUCCAUUUAUUUCACUCGAAAGGGCAACAUCUGGAGCGAACAGCUUUUACAGAACUGACAUCACUGCUAAUUCCUCCUAAUCCUCUUUAUCGGCACGUGGGCUAACUUUUUUGUCUCGCUUUAUGCUCCUGGUGUAAAAGUGUAACAAUGAGUGAAUGACAAGGUGUCUGUCUGCAAUCAGGGCAGAAAACAUUUGGAAAGGUCCUGUCAGGGGCAUGUGGCCACUCGCUGCCUGUCGCUUCUCUUCCGGCUCGUCUGUCCUCAGUUUCUCGCUUUGCUAGUGGACGUUCAAAGGUUAUGUGCGAAUUGGAGCAGCGAUCACUCCUUUUCCACCUCCGAGGUCUUGGGUUCCAUCAGCAAUGACACAUGUACCUGCUGCACUACUUCAUCACACUUUAAUUGUACCUUCCGUCCUCUCUUUUAAAUUGUUUUUUCUUCUGGAAGUGUUCAGUUGUGAUUUUGGCAAAAAGUUAGAUUUUAAUAUUCGAGGGAAUGUCUAUGUUUCUGUGAAAUUCCUGCAUGUUGUAUAUUUAACAUCACGACAGCAGCACAUUAAAAGUUUUAUGCUACAUGCCUGGGUUUGUCAUGGUAGGCUGUCCCUGUUGGUAUUGUCACCAACUGUUCCCAGCAGCCUUUUUCAUCGAGAUUUCUGAGCAACCCACAGUCGUAGAGGAACCAUAAGACUACAGGUGAUCCUCGGUUUCCAGCGGGGUUCCGUCUGACAACCCCAUCGUAAGUCAAUGUCGUUAAUCAAAAAGCCCAUUACACGGAG